AUGUUCCUGAAGACAAGAGUCAAAACAGUUAUUAUUAAGUUCAUAGCCAAGAACAUUACGAAGCUGCAGCACCUGGGGAUAACCCACGUUCUGAACGCGGCAGAGGGGAAGUCGUUCAUGCACGUGAACACGAACGCUGAGUUCUACGACGGCACCGGCAUCAGAUACCUUGGCAUUAAAGCUAACGAUACGCAAGAAUUUAACCUCAGUCGCUAUUUCGAGGAGGCAGCUGAUUUUAUUGAGAAAGCACUUUCACAGAAGGAUGGCCGAGUGUUCGUGCACUGCCGUGAGGGCUACAGCCGCUCUCCCACGCUGGUCAUCGCCUACCUCAUGCUCCGGCACAACAUGGAUGUCAAGUCCGCGUUGGUCGCUGUGCGGGAGAAGAGGGAGAUCGGCCCCAACGAUGGGUUUUUGAGGCAGCUUUGCCAGCUCAACGAGCGGCUGGUGAAGGAGGGCAAGCUCCAGCCCUGA